AGAAAAAAAAUUUGACCUCCAUCCCUUAUCAGCCGCUCCAACUCUCAACACGCAAGUCAAAGACUCCACGAAACUCAAACCCUACUCCUAAACAUUCCCAACGCUAGGCUUGGCGGAAUCGAGCGUAGUAGUCAUGUCGGACGGAACGCCUGCGAAUCUUGUCAACUACAGCGACAGCGACACGACCAACACCUCCAUGGCCAGGAAAAAGCGACCACGCCCCGACUCUCCUCCAGGCAACGAGGAGGGUGAGGUGACGACCACUCCCGCGCUCGAUGACGCCGAUGCCGCUCGCGUAGCAGCGAAGAAACAGCGCAAAAGAGUUAAGAACAAAGAGCGAAAAGCUGCGCGUUCGGCAGCCACGACCGCAGCAGCUGCAGGUGCUGCCGCGGUCGUUGGCGACGGCGACGAGGAUAGCAGCGGCGAUGUCGAGGAGGGGGAAGCGGAGGAAACACCGGUGCCCAACCUCAUCGAGGACGAGUUCCAGCGAAAAUACUUUCGCCCGUACAAGCUGCCGCUGAUGACCAGAGAGGAGGACCGCCCAAUGUUCGACACGGCUGAGCGUGAGCUUCGGAUCCUGCCCACGGUUAAACCGAUUGUUGCGCUGAGCGGUGAGAGGCUGUGCACAGUUUGCAGCGAACCGGGACACACGGGCAAAGCGUGUCCUGAGUUGACUUGCAAACACUGUGGCGAGUACAAUAAACACUUCUCGAACGCCUGUCCUAGCACCAGCCCAUCUCCCUCACAGCCGUACGACUGGCGAUCCGAAGCGCGUCGCGAGACACCGGCCGAACGAUACACACUCCGCGCCUAUUGUUAUAACUGUGCUGGCCUGGGCCAUUACGGCUACGACUGUCCCCAGCUCGCAUCGAUGCGGCGGAAGGAAACCAGUUCUAGUGAAACCAGUUCCUUCUCCGGCAUGCUCGCGUUCCAGUACGUGGCGCCAGAUGAUGAAUUCUCGCUCGCCGAAUACGAUCGCGAAACCAAGUUGCCCAAAUAUGCGGAUGCGAGGGCGUUUGGAAGGAUGGCGACAAGCCAAAACAUGGUCCCGCUGUUUGAGCCGUUCGGUGUCUACAGGCAGAGCAUUGAUGCGCGCAUCGCGUCGCAUCCAGGCUCCAGUUCCUACAACCAGGGGAUGUUGUCGCGGAACAGCAGGCCGCAGCAGUCGAUGUUCACCAGACCGAGACCACACCAGGGAGGAGGUGGAGGUGGAGGCUACAACUCUUACCGUAGUGGCGGCGGCGGCGGCGGGGGGGGUGGUGGAGGAGGAGGAGGAGGAGGAGGAGGAGGCAACAGGAACGGGAACUCCUACCGGCCGAACAAUCUACCAGAAAAGCCGACAUGGCGUCAGCGGUAGACUGCGACACUGCUGGCACUACCAACCGGACUCCCUGGCGUUUAGGUGUAAUCUUCUUUCUUCCUCCGUAGACUGUAGUUUUGCUUUCUUCUCGGUUAGUUGAUGUGUGACUGUUGGGUAUGUCUUCUACAUACAUGUAAGAUAAAUAGUACAUCGAUGACUGCCUUCGCAGGUGAAGCGCCUUCGGUACCUGAUAAUGCGGUAUGUGGGUGAUAAUUGUGGGAGACAUUCAUGUUAGAGAAUGCUUCGGCCGGAUGGUCAGCUUGUAUUGUACAUACCUUCUUCGCAAGUCUAAGAGAGCUUGAAGACAGUGUGAAAGGAAACAUCUUCAAUUGACCCCGAAGACAUGAGCG